CAUCAGCAUUGAAGCUAAGCCAAGCCGACGAAACCUUGCACACUGCAUUGCAUCCUUUCCCUCACAUCUGAAUCCCAUCAGGCGUCCAACCGCACUUUUCAGAACUUUUUAUCUUUUGCCGAUUAGAUUAGUCCCGACCCUUACUGAUCCCGUUGAAUACUGGAAUACGGGGAAUACAAAGCAGCUCACUAAUCAUAUGCACCAAACCCAACCUGAAGCACGCAACCUCGGUCGACCGGGCUAAGCUUGGCUUUUACGGUGGGUUACAUCUCAUCUAUUCAAUCUUGUAAAAGCCAACCAUAUAAAGGGUAUGUACAAGUUCAUGCGCUGACGUCGACCUACUCCAGCCGCUAGCUGUGACAGGCUGCUUGCGAAUGCUCAGCCUCAUGUGUUCCCCUUUCUACCCAAUUUAUCGGAUCGUGAUACAUCACCUGUUGUAUUAAACAAACUCAAGAAUAGAUUCAUUCUUGUUUCGUCUCCAACGGCUAGAGAGAAACAACCCCAAUUUACGGACCCCACGGUCGCCUUCAUUUUACUUACUGUCUACGACCCCGCCAAUUGCACAAGAAGCUCCCGAGAUCGAGUUCCACUAGGUAAUAUUACAACAUUACCACCUUGACAUACCAUCGCCAUGGCUGCCGUGCCAUUCAAGGUGAAGGCCAUUUACGAGUACACCUCGAGCCACGAGGACGAUCUGCCCUUUGGAAUUGGCCAGAUCAUAACCGUCACCGAUAAUGAGGAAGACGACUGGUACGGCGGUGAAUAUGUGGAUGAUCUAGGGGUGAGGCGAGAGGGAAUAUUUCCCCGAAACUUCGUGGAGAAGUAUGAACCGACUGCCCCGCCACGUCCAACAAGAACUCGUAAGAAGGAGGCAGAGGUAACCCCUUCCUCGCCUCCGCCACCACCAACAGCUGCUCCAUCCUCUCCACCACCUGUGGAGGAGCCUGCGGAUAUACCAUCAGAAGUAGCCUACGGAGAACCACGUGUUGCUUCACCGCCGAUUCCAGUUCCCACUCCCCGCUCUCCUCCGGCCACAGUCGCUCCUGUAGCUAAACCACUAGAGCCAGCCUCCAUCCCGGCUCCCGUCCCCGUCCAACCUAAGGCUUUCGAUCCGACAAGCCCCCGAGUCGCUGCUCCGUCAGUAUCAAAAUCUCCAGCUCCGGGUCCUGCUCGAGCUGCGCCCCCGGUGUCCGAGAAGCCCGGUGGCAAUUCCUUCAGAGAUCGUAUAGCAGCUUUUAACAAGCCAGCAGCUCCCCCGGUUGCCCCUUUCAAACCUGGCAAUCUUAGCGCCGGAAGUUCCGGCUUUAUCAAAAAGCCUUUCGUUGCUCCUCCGCCUAGUAGAAAUGCUUUUGUGCCUCCGCCUCGCGAUGUGCCUACCGCUAAAGUCUAUCGACGGGAGGAGGACCCCGAGAUCAAAGCUACAGAGGCGGAAUCUCUAGAAAAUGCGGAGAAGGCCGGGCUCAUUCCUGCGGGGACCUCCGAGGGCCAAGCGGAAGACGUACCCAAACCAACUAGCUUAAAGGAGCGAAUUGCCUUGCUCCAGAAACAACAGGCUGAAGCAGCUCAACGUCAUGCCGAAGCCGUUGCAAAGAAGGAGAAGCCUAAACGUCCCCAGAAAAAGCGUACUGAAAGCGAGGAAGGGCCACCGGCAGAUGAGGCGGCAGAAGCCCCGGCCCCUUUGGAAAGAAGGGAUACAGCUGAAGUUGCCAGCAAGAAAUCUAUGGAUGAGCCUAGACCUCCACGACAGUCAAUAAGUUCUCGGCGAAGGUCUUCUGCAGCACGUGCUGAGAAUGACGGGAACGAGGCGGACAUGUCCGGCGCAGGAGACACAACAGAAGGUCAAGAAGAUCUCACCGAGAAAGAAGAUAGUGAUGAAAAAUCUCGUCCCCAUAGAGGAACUGCUGCUGAGCCAGAAAUCCCGGAGGACCAAGAAGGAGAAGAGGGACAAGAGGAGGAUGUCGACCCUGAGGUCAGACGAAAGGAGGAGCUUCGUGCCAGGAUGGCGAAGAUGAGCGGUGGCAUGGGCUUCCAUGGUAUGUUUGGUCCGCCCGGGAUGAUGCCCGUCGGAGGCCCGGCGAUACCCAAGAAACCUAAAGCUUCACCACCAUCAGAGCGCCGUUCGAGCGAAAUUCAAGAUAGACCUUCGUCGCCUAGAAUGUCCGCUCCCCCGGUGCCGACUUUGAUGGCUCUCCCUGGCAUGGGGAAACCCAAGCAGGAAGAGGAAGAAGCUGCCAAGUCCGAUCAUGAUGAGCCAGGCGAGCAAGACACUACACCAGUUGUCAGUGCUCAGCCAACUGGCUCAGCUCCAGAACCUCUGUCAAAUGCAUCUAGUGCUCCACCUCCCGUCCCUGGAAGCCGACCUGCACCGCCCCCGGUGCCUACAGAUUCUCGACCCCUUCCCACCGGCGUCACUUCACCCAGCCAGGGCUCCGAAUCCGAUGACGAAUUAUCCGAGAACCCCCAGAGAGCUCUCGAGACUCCUCGAAGCGAGGCUCCCCCGGCUCCCAUAGCCUCUCCUAUAAUACCGACUUCACCACGAAUUCCCAAUCGGCCGACCUCCUAUAUUAGCGAACAAGUUUCACCAACCUCCCCGCCGGUACCAAGUAAGAGGAAUAGCCGCCCUCCGCCUCCUAUACCAGGUGGUGCUCCACCUCCCCCUAUCCAAAGUCGUCCCCCACCCCCUCCUCCCCCUGGUGGUCCCCUAAGUCGCUCUUCUACCGCUGAUGAGCGAAUUGCACUUCCAAUGCGGCCUGGGGCUCUGGAUAAUGGCGAAGAGGGUGAAGUUACCGAAUAUGAAGGCGAUUAUGACACUGACAUCGCAUCUUCGGUCCCUCAUAAGGAUGCGCUUAAGUCGCAUGCUCGGGAUUCGAGCUUCGAUGAUAGUGCUUCGGUGCGUUCACCGGUAACCGAUGUUCCACCUUCGGUCCCCAGCGCCGCUGCUCCGAGAGUUGGUCCGCCGCCACUUCCCAGUCAACCUCCACCAGGCUCGAGAGGUUCUAUAGACGUACCUCGGGCCGCUCCUCCGCCGCCACCUCCGAAGGAAGCAUCCCAUGACGAUGACGAUUAUGAUCCUUUCAAUUACAAUGCCGCCCAAAGUUCUUCUGCCACAGCUGCCCAUGGUCUAGCAGCCCACGACGAGCCGACACCAACACCUCAGUCGGCUUCCGCGUAUCAUUCGCCGCCUCCGCCUCCGCCAGUCACCCGAGGGCCCCCACCAGCACCGCCAGUUAAUAGGGCACCACUUCGAAAAUCAUUAGACGUGCAAAGACCAGGUGGAAGAAGAUCAGUCGACGCCUCCCGACCGUCAAUGGAAACGAGCUACGUGGCAAAUGAGAUUGAUUUAGCCGGCCAUACACAAUGGUGGCUGUCGCCAACCGGACUUCCUCCGGUCUUUCAAGGUAGACCAGAUAUUUAUACCGAAUGUGAUGAGUCAACCUCUGGGACGUCAGUUACCAAAGAAGUGUUUAUCUUAUUCCAAGACUACUCGCAAACAGUGGUUACUGUUCAUUUCGACAGCCAAAAUCCCGCAGACGUCCAGCUUGAGCAGCGCCAUGAAGCACCUCCUCGGAGCCUUCGCCAGGACGAGCUAGAAGGGGCGUACGAGCAAUUUGGUCGAGCACUAUCCAGUGCCGUUGCGACCAAGAAGGACUCAGUAGUUGGCGACGGAUCUCCGUGGGCGCUCAUCCUAGAGCUUCUCAAGCCUCUGAAAGGUGUCCUACUUCCUGUCGGCAGGCGCGGUUAUGGUGCCUUAGUUUACGCCAAUUUAGCUAAUGCUUCGACACAACUCAACGACGAAAUUAGACCGGGAGAUAUCAUUUCUCUCCGCAAUGCCAAGUUUCAAGGCAAACAUGGGCCUAUGCACGCCAAAUACACUAUGGAGGUGGGCAAGCCGGACCACGUGGCGAUCGUCGCAGAGUGGGACGGUACCAAAAAGAAGGUUCGGGCAUGGGAACAGGGUCGCGAAAGCAAAAAAGUAAAGCAGGAGAGUUUCAAGUUGGAAGAUCUUAGGAGUGGCGAAGUGAAGAUCUGGCGGGUGAUGCCGCGUAGCUGGGUCGGGUGGAGUUCAGACUAGCGGUCUCGAGGACCGUCCUACGAAUACCUGUGGCCGAUACUCAUGAGGGUCGGUACAGAUGGGAGGGUCAGUGUGGAUAGCCCUAUGCGGAUGCUGUUCUAAUUUCUCUCCACUUCCCCUUACUCCCUAUUAGUUAGUACGGCGGAAAGAUGACGUCGGCGGCAAAAGGGGUAGAGGAAGUAAUAGAAUCUACGGUACGAAGC